AUGGCCUUCCUACGUGAGACAGUCUUGGUCAAGACCUUGAUGCUGCUGAUGUUCGGGCUCGCCAUCCUGAGGCUGGUGGCAGCAAGGAAAAAAAUCAAAGCGGGAGGAGCCGCUCUUUGCCCUCCUCUGCAGGACCACAGCGUGCGGGUCAACAUUAGCAUCCUCGGCCAAAGACAGGGUGUUCCUGUUCUCUCUCAGAACUUUCAGAACCGCUCUAUCUCCCCCUGGGAUUAUAAUGUUACCUGGGACCCCCACCGGAUUCCCUCCUCAAUUGCAGAGGCCCGAUGCAGAUACCUGGGCUGCCUCAAUGCUGAAGGGCAGGAAGACAGCUCCAUGAACUCCGUUCCCAUCAAGCAGGAGUUUCUGGUCCUCCGGGGGGACCCUAAAGGCUGCUCCCGCUCCUUCCAGCUGGAGAGAGUGUGGGUGACGGUGGGAUGCACCUGUGUCACCCCCAUCGUCCACCAAGUGCAAGGCCCCACAGCAGCACAUCGACUCAGCUGA